CGCACAUCCAAAAUUCCAAGUUGCGCCUUUUCAAUCAAGGGCAAUUGACAACGUCGAACGAAAGGACCAUCUCCCAACCCGCACAAACAGUCAAGAUGGUCCGCUACGCCACUGCCGACCGCAUUCCCAGCGCCAAAUCGGCCAAGAGCCGUGGCAGCUACCUCCGAGUCAGCUUCAAGAACACCCGCGAGACUGCCCAGGCCAUCAACGGCUGGAAACUAGAACGCGCCGUCAAGUACCUCGAGAAUGUCCAGGAAUUGAAGGCAGCUGUCCCGAUGAGAAGAUAUGCUGGAAGCACUGGCCGAAGCGCUCAAGGCAAGCAAUUCGGUGUUUCCAAGGCGCGUCACCCAGUCAAGUCCGCCGAGUUCCUUCUCGGCCUGCUCAAGAACGCCGAAGCCAACGCCGAUACCAAGGGUCUCGAUACCUCCAACCUGAUUGUCAAGCGCAUCCAAGUGAACCAAGCACCCAAGCAGCGCCGCCGAACAUACCGUGCCCACGGUCGUAUCAACCCAUACAUGUCCAACCCAUGCCACAUCGAAUUGAUCUUGACGGAAGGUGAAGAGGCGGUUACCAAGUCUGAGGAGUUGGGUGUUGCUAAGGGCGCGAGACUGAAUGCCAGACAAAGAGGUCAACAGAGACGGAAGGCCAUUGCUUCGUCGUAAAAAAAAUUCUCCUAGAGGGUUUCGAUGCAUUGAGAUGAAAAACAAAAUCUUCGGCGAAGACGGUCACAGCGGCUGUGACUCAACUGGCAUGCGGAGGCGUCAUCAAAGAGACAACAUCGCCGGCUUGCAUGGAUCGGUCUCGAAGUAUUAUCCUGACUGCACUUGCCGCUGCAGAUCACCGGAGAGGUCAGGGGAAGAGGUGCUUCUCGAACUUGUAGCAUGGUCUUCCCGCCUGGAAUGUGAAAAGAGCAUUUCUAACGUUCAAUUCUGUCUAUCUGGUUUUUCGUUCUAUCUACCUCAUCAGCAAAUCUACACCGUGUCUUUUUUUGUCACCCUGUCAUCCUUUUUGUACACAACCGCAAGCUCAUCUGUUCUUCCAUGCUAAUCUGCCAC